AUGUCGGUCUCCGACCCACAAACAAUAUCUGGCACAUACUACUCGGCUGCACUUUAUCAGAAUCUCCGGCAGAGGGCCAACGCACUUCUGCAAGAACUGAACGCAUUCGAAGCACAUGUUAAGUCUCACAAAAAGGAAAAGGAAGUCGAGAUCAGGGUGUUCAAGCGAGGAAUCGAAUCAGAGGUGAAAUGUCUCCAAAACCUAGCUCCGCUUUUUCCAGAUGAGGAGCAGUCUGAUGCCAUGGCGCAUUCAUGCGCAGGUACAGAUUCACCUCAUUUGCACGUCUUAAAGAGCUCCAAUCUUCCCUUCUACGAAUCAGUGUGGAACAUCGCAAAAAGCUGCAGUCGAGUGACGGCACUAAGUAAAAGAUUCCAUUGGGAGAAAAAAGGCAAGGAUUUUGGCUCAAGUACAGACCAGGGCGGCUCGAGUGGAACGCCACAGCCUGACAAAUCGAAAAGACAGCAUCAGAAAGGUGUUCUGGUCGACAUCGUAGCCAACAAUGGAUUGGAGUGGAUCAAAAUCUCGACCAUCGCAGAGAAAAGACUUCUUUUCGAGAUUGCGAAAGCAGGAUGGGAGUCGUACACCGCCGAUCCAUGUGAGGAUGACUCUAAUGAAAGCCCCAGCCAAAUAGGCGGCACCGGUCAGUCUCCUGCUCAACUAGAGCUGGUUCGUAUGGCUCACGAAUUGCGAGCUGCGUCGAAUUGUGCGAGGGCACAGUUUCAACACCCUCAUGUGCGAUUUGUGUUGCCAAAUAUUAGAGAAGGCCAGAUUGGAGACAUUGAUGCGGUUGUGGCAGAUCUUCGUGCCACAGGUGCAACUGUGCAGUGCUCUCCAACUCUGCCCUCUUCCUGUCUUUUCCCGGACGGUUGCACUCCUGUCCAAAUUGCUAUUCUAGAUCAGCUUUUACCGGGGUAUGGCCAUGUUCAUCUCACAGGCAAGAUCAACUUGGAUUGCACAAUUCUCCUGGCCGUCAUAUCGGAUGUCUCCCAUCUGAGAAGAGAACAUAUACCAUCGAAUCCGCAUGCCCUGAGUGGGGUAUAUCAUUCGGCUAUACUGCGCCAGAUGGAGGCUGAGGAGUCAAGGUCAAUGCUUUGGAACGAUAUCUAUCCAUUGUUGGCUGAUCAGACACUGCAAUGCACCUCGCAGGCAGCCCAGAGGAUGCGAGAGAUUGUGCAAUGCAUGGGGACCCAAUCCGAGCGUGAACGGGCGGAUAUCAUUCUUGGAGAGGGUCACUGUGCCAAAAGAAGUGCACGGGAUCUAAGACAACUUCUUGCUAAGCGGUCGAUCCAUGCUGUUCCGCCUGAUCUCCAGCUUCCGAUCAAAGUGAUUGACUUCGAACCAAAGGAUGUGCUGAACCCCUUGACGCCAGACAGAGAAGAAAGGAAACCAUUCCCCUAUAUAGUUGCAGCGCAAGCGAUGAGUUUGAUGCGCCUCAGUCCCAUUAAUUGCUCUGUUUUUCUGUAUGGGUGGAAGAAGCAGAUUUUGACGUUCACAAGUAACCGUGUCGUGGCAAGCGGGCUUCUGAAGGUGAUUGGUGAGGUCCUUGACCGUCUUGAGUAUGAUGCGAAAUUCAAUGACAAGGACCACGCAAAGUUUUAUGGCCCACAGAUACACAUCUGCGAGACAGCGAGAAGCCUGAUCGGUAAGGCGAAGAACAAAUCGCCUGGUAGAUCAACUUUACAGACGCUAUAA